UAUUUGUUUUUUAACUUAAUAUAAGUAAUUAAUCAUCAUGGCCAAGUCUUGUUCUAGUGAAAAGAACAAUAAUAAUGGAUUGAAGAAGGGUCCAUGGACUCCGGAGGAAGAUCAAAAACUCAUUGAUUACAUUCAGAAACAUGGACAUGGCAAGUGGCGAACCCUUCCUAAGAAUGCAGGAUUAAAGAGAUGUGGAAAGAGUUGCCGGCUAAGGUGGGCUAAUUACUUGAGGCCUGAUAUAAAGAGAGGAAGAUUCUCAUUUGAAGAAGAAGAAAUUAUCAUCCAGUUACACACUGUUUUGGGAAACAAGUGGUCUACAAUUGCUGCUAAUUUACCCGGAAGAACAGAUAAUGAGAUUAAGAAUUAUUGGAACACUCACAUCAAGAAGAAAUUGUUGAAGAUGGGGAUUGAUCCGAUGACUCAUACACCACGCCUUGAUGUUUUUCAACUCUCUUCAAUUCUAAGCUCAACCUUAUACAAUAACAAUAAUUCACCCCAAAUUAAUAAUAAUUAUUACCCUACCCUCUUUGGUAUUGGAUCAUCAAGUGUUGCAAAUAAUCCAAGCCAAGUCCUAAGUUUGCUCGCAUCUCUUCUAUCAUAUCAAAGCAGAAACAAUGACAACAUUUUAAAUCAACAAAACCAACUUGGUACUAUUAGCCCUCUAUUAUUGCAAAAUCAAAUGCACCUUAACCCUAGCCAAGCCUUCCAACCAAACCAACCUUGUGCUAAUAAUUUUCAUGUGGAAACCCAAAACAUGAAAUCAAAAUUAGAGCCUCAAAUCCCUUCAACUUCUACCCCUUUUAGCCAUCAAAAUACAUUACCAAAUUUGUGGCACUAUAAUGGUGGCGGUUACAUGGCUAAUCAACAAGGUUUUCCUUCCUUGCUGGAAAAUAAUAAUCAGAUUUUGUGUAGUGAAGGGAUUAUGGCUAAUUUCAAUUUGAUGAACUCAAUGUUAUCCUCUUCUACAGCUUCAUCUUCUAGCCCCAGUAAUUUGAAUUCAUCAUCUUCAACAACAUUUGUCAAUGGGACAACAACCACCGAAGAUGAAAGGGACAGUUAUGGAAGCAACAUGUUGAUGUAUAAAUAUAAUAUAUCAAACGGAUUGAAUAACUCUGGACUUUUGUGA